ACAAAUACAACGACUCGGCCUAUUUCAGUUUAGGCGCUUCAGCGACUCACACCUACCAUCCUUUUUUUUAAAUAGUGUGAGAUAAGUUAACUAGUUGAAAUGGUAUAUGAAUCAGUGGCUAGGAAAAUAUGGGAAUUCAAAUCCACACUGGACUACGUGGAUGACUGGCCUCUGAUGAGCUCCCCAAUACCAGUGCUGGCCAUAUGGACCGCGUACAUAGUAUUCGUACUGAAAGCUGGCCCGGAAUAUAUGAAGAGCCGACCAGCGUACGGAUUACACACAGUUCUCAAACUGUACAACUUGUUCCAAGUUAUAUUCUCAUUAGUCCAGUUUUAUUUAGGUUUAGAACUUUUGCGUCCAACGGGCUACCUUGAUAUAACUUGCAAUGAAGAUCCGGCUACGAAAAAGAAGAUUGCAACCUUCAUCUACAUAUACUUCCUGGCCAAACUAUCCGAGCUCGCCGACACGAUAUUAUUCGUACUUAGAAAGAAGCAGAACCAAGUGACCUUCCUACACGUGUACCACCACAGCCUCACGUUAUUGGCAGUCUGGUUAACGUUGAAAUUUGAGCCAGUGCACAACACUAUAUUCUUGGCGACGAUAAAUUCCUUUGUGCACGUUAUAAUGUAUGCGUAUUACGGACUCUCAGCGUUCCCGUCUUUAACUAAGUAUCUGUGGUGGAAGAAAUACAUAACUGCUAUGCAAGUGAUCCAGUUCGUUUUUGUCAUCAUUCACGCGGUUAGGAACUACAUCUACAGCGAUUGCAUGCCCUCGUAUGUCCUCUUCUUCACGAUUACUGUCAACGAAGCUCUCUUCAUUUACCUCUUCGGAGAAUUCUUCGUCAGGUCGUACCUUAGAAAGGAUAACAAAAACACCAAAACUAACUAACGCAAUGAAAUUCGCGUGAAAGCAAUUAAAAUAGAUGUAGUUAAUAAAAACAAGUUAGGUACACUAUUAGAAAGAUAUUACUUAAACAAUAUAUCAUUAGCCUUUUUUAUAAUACCAAUAUUAUUACAUCACUAUAAUUUAACAAAUUGUGAAGUUUCAGAAAACAAUUGAAUGACAAUAUUGUUAUAUUUAUAUAUAAAUUUUAUCUAACCUAAAAAGUUCUUGAAGUUAUGUGACAAUAGUUUGUAAUCUCACUUGUUUAUUUAUGUUAAAAGAUAAACCGUAAAAAUCUACCUUGCCUAAUAAAUUAAAGAAUUGUAAACCACGAACUCACAAACUAAAUAUUUUUAACUUACAAUAUACAUAUGUUUAGGUACGAUUUAACGCAGAAAUGUAUCCACCCAAUAUAAAUGUAAUAUACAAAUACUGUUUGCUGUUUGCGCUGUUAAAUAAAUAAAUUGUUGACUCUUUAUAGAA